ACCGUGUUGUUAUGAAUCACAUUUGCGAGCUUGGUUUGACAGGCGCCAUAUUUAAAUUAGUUUGAUCGAUUAUCUGGUUUUGGAAAGGGGUUUUACUUUAUCGAGAUAUAUUGAUACCUCUCAAAACAUGAAUAACUUACCUAAAUUAAGUGAUUUAAAAUUGAGUGAAGAAAAAAUGCGCAAACAAGCGAAAAAAAUACUGCGCCAGAAAAAUUUAGAAAUCUUGAAAAGACCAACGCAUUUGUUUAUGCAUGAAAAGAGCCUAUCAAAGAUACCAGUUCCUAAGAACCCUGGUCACAUCCUCUACGCCUAUUAUCACAACAAUCUGUUGACGAAAAUCGAAAAUCUCGAACAUUUGUAUAAUGUCACCCAUUUACACUUACAAUGGAACAAAAUAACAAAAAUGGAGGGUUUUGACUCUUUGCAUUGCCUCAAAAAACUGUACUUAGGCAACAAUAAAAUCAGUGUGGUAGAAAACUUGGAAGGUCUAAAGUAUUUGGAAGAGUUGCAUAUUGAAAAACAAAACGUUGACUGUCCUGAUGCGUUGUGUUUCGAUCCACGAACCCUCAUAUACAUUGGUUCCUCUCUCAGAAUAAUCAACGUAUCAGAGAAUAAACUAACGGAUAUGGCGUGGGCGAAGCCUCUGAGACGAUUGGAGGUGCUUAUAGCCAAGAAGAACAUGUUGCAUGAUUAUCAGGCUACUGCAGAUGAUCUAUGCACAUUAGUAAGCUUAGUGGACCUUAAUUUCAUUGGGAACCCGAUGACAAAGAAACAUCGAUAUAAAGAGACCAUCAUAGCAAGGUGUUCACAGCUACGAAUUCUAGACACAAUUGCCAUCCACAACACAUCGAAGACGUUCAUGCAGAACUUCGACAAAGUGGUACGUUUACGUCAACUGCACGAGAAGAACAAGAUUGAACCGACUCGGAAGGGAGUGGACGAGUUCUUUGACCUGAACAUGCUGCCAGGACCGAGGGCCCAGAGUGCUCUGUCGAUUUACGAGUUCACUAACCAGAAGCCUAAAGUUACUGCUUUCGACUCGACGUAUACGUUUGCGCCGCGAGCGUUUUGGCGGACUCGGCCAGCGCCGACUGUGAGCGAGGCUAUUGCGGAAAUAAUUCCAGAUAAACAAGUAACAGUAGCUAUCACUCCUAAUGGACUGGCUGACGGUAUCACUAAGAAUGACCAGGGGGAGGAGGUGUUUGUUCUGCCGUACGAGACCACUAUGACCAUGUCGGAGUUCUUGGAUUGCUUGCAAGAGAAAAAAGAGAACUUUAUACCAUACAUCCAGAAACAGAACUCCAACUUGACUUCAGAAUUCCCCGAGCUGAUACAGGAUGUGUACACGGAGAUCCCGUUUGCGAGUGAAGCCUUCAACAAAACCCCUGAUGCUGUCAACUUCUGGAUGGGCGAUGAGAGGGCUGUCACCUCUAUGCACAAAGAUCCCUACGAGAACAUAUACUGCGUGAUAGACGGAUUCAAAGAGUUUAUACUAAUACCACCAACGGACUUACCAUUUGUACCAUACAAGACUUUCUCCCAGGCUGAGUUCAAGUUUGAUACGAGCGUUAACAAGUGGAAUAUUAUACAGAACUUCCCUACGGAUAAGGCGAAGCAGACGGACACCGAGCUGGAUGUAGCCAAUGAUGUGGAUUUGGAACCGUCUUAUAAGCUACCCUGGAUUUGUGUUGACCCCCUGGCCCCAAAUUACACAAAGCAUCCUGAAUUCAAGAAGGCCCAUAAAUACACAGUCCGUCUCCAAAAAGGCGACUGCUUGUAUCUCCCUAGUCUAUGGUUCCACCACGUCACGCAGAGCCACGGCUGCAUAGCUGUCAACUAUUGGUACGACAUGGAGUUUGACGUCAAAUACUGCUAUUUCAAAAUGUUGGAGAAAUUGUGCGGGAAAUAUUAGUAUUGCCAUAUUGAAUAACACCAUGAAAGCAGGCAAAGAUAGGGUUGCAAUGACUAAAAAGUGAUAAACUGAUAAGCUAAUCGUUAGAUUUACCAAACUUUUGAAUUAGGACUUUGUAAAAACCUUGCAUUAUUAUAAAUUUUCCAACAGCAUAAAACAAUGUAAAUAACCACAUUUUAUUAUAUUAAACACGAUAGUAAGCUGGUAAUAUUUUUCGACUAAAUGUCCUUGUACUUACAUCAACAAAAAACAGCGCAUUGGUUUUGCCAACUUAAGGUAAACUUCACAAUUUAUAUUAAUAUUAUAACUGUACUAAAUGUACAACUAGCAAUAGUAACUACCUAAAAUAAAUUGUUAUUAUUUAUUAAGUUACCGAAAUUUGUAACACCAAAUAAUUUAUAAAUAAGAGUUGUUAAUAAAAGCCUUUGAGACGG